AUGGGACGAAGAAAGAUUGAGAUCAAGGCGAUCAAAGAUGACAGGAAUCGCUCUGUCACCUUCUUAAAGCGCAAGGGCGGUCUUUUCAAGAAGGCUCAUGAGCUUUCCGUGCUCUGCUCUGUCGAUGUCGCCGUCUUCAUUUUCGGCAACAAUAAGAAGCUUUACGAAUAUUCAUCAACGGAUAUGCGAGAGCUUAUCCACCGAUAUCAAUACCACGGUGGCCCAAGUGAACACAAAGGUCCUUCCGACUUCAACGGCGGAAACGAUGACGACGAGGAUGAGGAGAAUGACGGCACCCCUCCCCAUGGUCCUGAAGUUGUCGAGAACCAGAUGAUGCCUCCCCAUGCUUACGGACAGCAUCAACCUCCUUUUCCACAGAUUCGACAUCAUACACCUUCAGCAUCACCACCUAUUGGCAAUGGCGGCCCAUUCCAAGCGCAUCCUGGUCAUCCUAUCCAGCGACAACAUACUCCGCAACCAUCGAUCGGCUCACGACCGGCAUCUCGAACGGAUAUGCGCCGCAUGGGUCCCGGCAUGGUCCAACCACCACCUCCGCCCGGCCCUCCGCAUCCCGCAAUGAACUAUAUGCCCAAUCCGCCUAUCUACAACUCGCCUCAUCCUCCCGGUCUAAUACCUCAACAUGGUCCUCAUCCCCAAUAUGCUUAUCAUCAACAGCCUAGCCACAUGCAGCAACCAGGACCGUACAUGGAUGACCGCAGGUCCCCGAUGCCCUCUCCGAUGCCUCCCGCUUACAGUUCGCAACCGCCGUCACAACCAAUCCAAGCUCCUGUCCGUCCAACGCCAUCGCCUCAACCGCCUCAACAACAGCUUCCCCCGAACAUGUCACAAAUGUCACCUCCGCCGCCCCAGCCUGAACGUCGACUUCAUGAUCCUCCACCACCACCUCCCGUGGAACCCAAGACGGAGCCACAAGAACGCCCUCAGCCGCCAUUACUGAAUACGGACAGUGCCAUCAAGAAGCUGCCUCAACGAAAAUCUCACAGUAUCUUCACUCCCAUCGAAGAGAAUCGGUCUAUUUUGUCCCAGCAUCUGGCAUCUUUUACUUCCGAGUCGAACAAAUCAGAGUCUGCUGCUGCCGCUGCCGCUGCUAAUGCUGCAAACGCCGCCAACCGUUCGCAGUCAGUUGAUGUGGCUGCAUUGAACCGGGCCGCGGAUGGGCCCAAAUCAUCACCCCAUUUGCCACAGCGUGCCAGUACCCAGACCGAUGAGAAGUCUCGAACAGUGUCGCUGUCGUCAAUACCAGAAACCACUUUGACUCCGCCGUCGCGUUCUAACAGUGCAAAGGCCGGCGGUCCCGGAGGAGCUCGACCUCGUGGCCCUCGCUUAACGGUGCAGAUUCCGGAUGGCGGAUCUGAAGGCGGCGGUAGCGCACGAACGGCAGAGUCAAACUCGCCGCGGGUCGCCACAGAAACUACAACCCAGGCGCCUCAGCGCCACAACUCUCAGUCGUCACUUGUGCUUCCUCCUCCCUCUCCGUCCGCGUCAGCAAUAUUGUCCGCAGGUGCUACUGGUCCGCCAAAUCCUUUUGCCCGGCCGCCUCCUCAGCAGAAUGUGAAUGGUGAUACUCCUGUCUCUGCCUUGCCAUCACGUUUCUUGACAAAUGAACUCCUUCCGAGCCCUAGUAGCUUCUAUCCCGACUGGAACUUCCGGGGAGGUGACAGUAACACACUACCAAGUCCGCUGAACUUUGCAACGCCAGUUGUCGGUUCAGGUCCUAGUUUCCUCAGAGACGACCUGAACACGACACCAAAUGCAAACUCGAGCGCUUCUAAGGACAGAGAUCCUCUGCCUGGUGCCAAUGGGAGCUUGGGUCAAAACUUGAGUGUAGCUCCAAGCAAUUCUACUGCAACAAAACGAAAGACUCCUGAGCCAGGAGCCACAACGCAGAGCGAUCCUGCGGAUGAGUCAGAACCAAAGCGGUUGAAGGUUGAGGAGUAA